CUGCACUACGACAGCACUACCGAGCGAAGUUCUAUCGCCAUUGCAGCACGUUGGUUUCUAAAGUUUACUACAUCCGCUGAUGUUGUCAUUUGUGGCGGGGGUAUCUCUGGAACAUCGGUCGCAUAUCACCUUGCUAAAAGAGGGAAGCGUGUUUGUUUAUUCGAAAGAGAUGCGAUUGGACGCGGUGGAGCAACUGGUGUUAGCGGUGGUCUUGUGUCAGCACCCGUUUUCUGGCAGGACCCUGCUUGUCAGCAUCUUGCUCACAGAUCUUUACAUAUGUAUACGAAACUUGCCCAAGAUGGAAAAUUUAGGUUUACAAGAUGUGGUCGUGUUUAUCUGGCUACGUCCAAGCCAAGUGAGAUAAUACUGAGAAGGAUGUAUUCACGUGGGGUUAUACACAAUAACGAGAUUGAACUCAUUGAUUGCCCAAGUGAAAUGUUGGCGCGAUGGCCCUUCUUACAAACGGAAGAUAUUCAGUUAGCAUUAUUCUCUCCGGAAGACGUAGCACUGGACCCUGUAGCACUUUGCCAAGAGCUGGCUCAGCAGGCUCAACAAGCUGGUGCUUUAAUAUACGAGAAUUGUGCUGUUGAUGAAGUUCUUUUAAAUGAUGAACGACAGAUCUACGCUGUUAAUACAACAAAUGGACUUGUUGAGACAUCGGUUUUUGUUGAUGCCAGCGGAAUCUGGGCAGGAAGGGUUUUGACAAAGUCUCUACCUUUUCGUCACAUUCAAACGGCUGCAUAUCCUUGCACGUACACUUACAUUCACAGUACAAAGCUUCCAACGGGAGCUGUUUCUGAUACUACACCUAUUUUCAACGAUCUUGAUGGAAAAGUCAUGAUUCGUGCUACUGGAUUCAAAACGCUCUGUGCUGGAUUCCCAGAAGAUGGUAUUCGUCCUGUUCCACGUCAGGGUGCUGCUUAUGGUGUCUGGCACCAUCCUGAACCAGAUUGGGAUUUAUUUAGUUCGUCUCUGGAACGACUGCUACACCGAUGCCCAGUACUUGGAGAAAUCGAUCAUGGUGAUUUAAUCUGUGGAAUGGAAGCUUAUACUCCAGACAAUUCACCAACUCUCGGUGAGAGCAGCCAGGCACGUGGGUACUAUGUGGUAAAUGGACUCAAUGGACAAGGGUUAUCAUUAGCUGGCGGUCUCGGGGAAAUUCUUUCGGACUGGAUUUGUGAUGGGGUUCCGCAAAUUGAUGUUGCUCACUUGGACGUUGCUCGGUUUUUAGAAGCUCAUGCAAAUUCACAGUACCUUAUGGAAAGAGUGCCUGAGAUUGCAGCUCUAACAUAUAGCAACACAUACUACACACAUCAAUGCCAUACCGCUCGUAACCUACGUAUGUCGCCUAUUUAUCAUCAACUUCGAGAUGCCGGCGCAAUGUUCGGCGAAAUUAUGGGUUAUGAACGACCACUAUGGUUCGAGAAAAAUCCUAAGCCAAAUCGAAAUGCGCUGUACUGCGGCCAGGAUGCCUUAAUUGGAAAACCUGUCUGGUUUGACUGUGUUGCGGCUGAAUAUGAAGCAUGCAGGGAACGCGUAGCCUUGGUCGACAUGAGCAGUUUCACGAAAUUUGACAUAACGGGGUCUGACACCGUCAAGUUUUUACAAUACCUUUGCUCUGCAAACAUCGAUAGACCUAUUGGGACUACAGUAUACACAGGAAUGCAGCACGAGCGUGGAGGAUACGUCACGGACUGUACUUUGAGUAGACUUUCGGAUACUCGCUUUUUUAUGAUUGCGCCCACAAUUCAACAGGAACGCUGUAUUUCUUGGAUGAAAUAUUGGUGCAGGAAGAUGAAUGUGAACGUUCACAUCCAGGAUGUAACAGGGAUGUAUACCGCGUUGGAUGUUGUGGGUCCAUCUUCACGUUACUUAAUGUCGGAUAUCACCGAAAUGUCUAUGAGUGCUCAAGAUUUUCCGACAUUCAACUGCAAAGAAAUAAGCAUUGGCAUGGCAACGGGUAUUCGCGCAAUCAGUGUUACCCACUGUGGAGAACUAGGUUGGGUGAUAUACAUUCCAAACGAGGUGGCUCAAAACGUUUAUGAGCGAGUAAUUGACGCUGGUAGAGAGUACAGUCUACUUCAUGCUGGCUAUUAUACGCUGCGACAGUUGCGAAUCGAGAAAUUUUACGUAUACUGGGGCCAGGACAUUAACGCUACUGUGACUCCUGUGGAAUGUGGACGAUCAUUCCGAGUUGAUUUUAAGAAAGACUUUAUUGGUAAGGAAACUCUGGAAAAGCAGGUAGAACGAGGGGUUUCAAGAAGAUUUGUGCAAUUGCUGGUGGACAAGCACAACAGAGACACAGAUCCAUGGCCUCAGGGAGGAGAACUGGUGUUCAGGUAUCCUGUCGGUCUGACUACUUCCGCGGCGUACGGUUUCACCCUAGGAUGUCAGGUAUGCAUAGCGUACGUGGAGAACCCCGAAUUCGGCAUCUCUGUCGAUUUUUUGAAUAAAGGCUCCUACGAAGUGGACAUUGCCGGGAAGCGAUUCCCUGUUCGAGUGAAUCUCCAUUCACCUUCUCUACCAAUGAUCUCUUCCGAACAUCCUCUUCAUUAUCGGCCAACACAAUAG